ACAUGCCCUUUCCUUAAAACCUCCCGGUGACGUAGCGGAGCCUCGCCUCGGAGCUCAGUUAAAUGAUCCCCUCUCACUGCUCAGUUGCUCACAGGAACAGUAUACGGGACCCUAGCUUAUCCAGCUCGGAUCGGCCUAUAUAUAGUUCUUUAAAGUCUUUGUUGUACGAAAACCGCCUUUUUACACUUCCUCUCCACUAGCCAGACCGACGACAAAAUGUCGCCGUUUAAUGGCCGCGACUCAUCUAUUGAUAAACGAGACUUUGACACAAACCGUCCAAUCCUGGCUACCUAUGACUCUGGUGGAGAUACACAGGGUAGAGAUAUACACUCACGACCGGAAUCUAGGAUCUCUACACGCCGUUAUAGUGACAGUGAAGACGGUCUCUUGAACGAUGUUGUUGAAGAAAUAGUGGAAAGGGAUCGCCGCAGGCUGGCUAAGGAAGUGGUACGGAUAUGUAGCUUUGCCUUGGGGGUAGUAACCUGCCUAGGAGCCGGUAGCAUCACUGCGUUCUCCCUUUACGGCCCCUUGUUUCUUACCCGUCUUCAUUACACUCAGCUCCGAGUAAAUGCUGUAUCGAUUGCUGCUGGUGUGUCGAUGUAUCUUCCAGUCUCAAUCUUCGGAUACCUCUGUGACCGGUAUACCCCGUCGCCGCUGGCUUUGUUUUCCGGCACGGUUUUUGGAAUAGGUUACCUUUUAGCUGCAAUCGUGUAUAAGAACGGCCCACCUCCAGAUGCAGGUGGAAAUGGGUACCCCUUCUGGGUGAUGGUAGUCGCUUUCGUGUGCGUCGGGACUGCCACGAGCUGUAUGUACUUGGCCGCCGUCACGACCUGCGCCAAAAACUUUGGCAGGGGCAAACACAAGGGCAUUAUGCUUGCCAUCCCCAUAGCUGCUUUUGGCCUUAGUGGCAUGUGGCAGAGUCAAGUGGGUACGUACUUCUUGUAUGAACGGUUAGAAGAUGGCAGCCGUGGCGAUGUAGACGUCUUCCGAUACUUCAUUUUCCUCUCCGCAUUGCUUUUUGGUAUUGGCGUCAUUGGGACUUUUGGAUUACGGAUUGUGGAUGAGGAUGAGGAGAGAUACAUCGAUGAAGCAGUUGAAGAACUUGAGAGGAGUGGCCUGUUGGAAGAGAGCGAAUUCUUCCGGUCGAGAAGCGAGGUUAGAGCUGCCUACGGGACGUUCUCACCGUCCGAUAAUGGUGACGACGAAGAACGAACGCUAUCACUGACCCAAAGUGAGGAAGAGAGGGAAGCAGCAAGGCUCGAGAAAGAACGAGAGGAGGAGGAACGCAGGAAGAAAAACUGGCUAUUGAACUGGGAAACGAAAGUGUUUCUCAAGGAUCAUACGAUGUGGUGGCUUGCCUUGGGCUUCUUCUUGGUUACAGGACCAGGUGAAGCAUACAUCAACAAUCUGGGCACUGUGGUUGGAGCACUGACCCCAGAGUCAAGCUCUUCCAAUGUUCCUUCCCCUGCCGGCAAACCAUCUACACAUGUGACAACUAUUGCGCUUACUUCAACAAUUGCCCGACUCCUCACAGGAUCCUUGUCGGAUUUCUUCGCACCCCCAGCAACCCAUCUGUUCCCAACUAACGGAGAAGCUCUGCGCCCCAGCUCACCGUCCGGUUCAAAGCGAAUUACUUUAUCUCGACUAACAUUCCUCCUACCAUCCGCUCUUCUCCUCUCGCUUGGUUAUCUUAUCCUCGCAUCCCCCUUACCAGUCCAGCACCCGGAAUUGACCCACGUAACCACAGGCCUUAUCGGCUUCGGUUACGGGAGCGCAUUCUCCCUCGUCCCCAUCAUCAUCUCCGUAGUCUGGGGCGUUGAGAACUUCGGCACGAACUGGGGUAUCGUUGCCAUGUUUCCGGCAGCAGGCGCUGCCCUGUGGGGCCUCGUCUAUUCCCGCUUUUACCAAGACGCCACGGAUGGAGGCAAUGACUCGACAGAUGGCCAGUGUCAUGGCUGGAAAUGCUUUGGAUACUGGGCCUUGGGAUGUACGCUGAGCGUAUGGGUGGCCGUUGCCGCGUGGUGUGUCGCUUGGAGAUCUUGGAAACGCAGGGGCGUUUCCGUUUGA